AAAAGGCGAGUUUUCGCCAGUUAAAGAUGUUUUUUUUGUUAAGACCGUGUCGUAUGAAGCAUGUAUUGUGUGUCAGGGUAGUUGAGGCUCGAAAAUUCGGUUUUAAACGGGCUUUUUGGAGCCAUUUAAUGUUAAAUAGUGAAGAAUCAAAAUUGGAAGGGCAGAAGUUAGAAGAAGGCAUGAAUGAGGCUUCUGAUCUGAGAAAUCAGAAGCCUAUUGUUGAUAUUUCUCCUUCAAUUGCUGAAAAGUCUCGGGAUUUUACGGUAGAUGCGGAAAAAGAAAUUGCAAGGUUAAAAGAUAAAUAUCUGAGAUCUGUUGCGGAUUUUAGAAAUUUACAGAUGAGGAUGCAAAAAGAAGUCGAAGAUGCGAAAUUAUUUGCAAUUCAACAAUUUGCAAAAGAUUUGAUUAAUUCAGUUGAUAAUCUGGAGCGAGCAUUAGCUUUGAUUCCAGAAGAUAGUCGAACGGAUGUAGAAAAGAAUAAACAACUAGUUGAUCUUUAUACAGGGCUUAAAAUGACGGAAACAGUUUUAAAUAAAACGUUAGAAAAACAUGGACUUGUGAAAUAUGAUGGUCUUGGGGAGAAAUUUAAUCCUAAUCUACAUGAAGCAGUAUACCAAGCAUUGGUUCCUGGAAAAGAAGCAGGAACAGUUUUUCAUAAUGAACAGACAGGGUUUAUUUUAAAUGGUCGAGUGAUCCGUCCAGCAAAGGUGGGUGUUGUUAAAGAACAUUAAAAAUUCGUAAAAAAAGA